GUGUAACUUCCUGGUAUUCAGGCGUCUUCGUUGUUUCUUUGCCAGUACUCUGGUUAGUCCAAAGGUCUCGGGUUGAAGUGUUCAUGCUCCACAACCUCACAGUUGACGGUCGUAACGUACAGUUCGGAUAGCUAGUGCUAACUCGUGUGUGUGUACCGAUAGAUGCCUGUACGUUACUGUAUUUACAGACUGCUUCGUAAAGGACAUGCAGUUAUCUCAACAUGCGAGGAGGCUCGUGGCAGCUGCCUGCUGCUCUGCGUUCAUAUGAGUGAAGCUAGCUCGCUGUGGAGUGUUAGCCGUGUGCAGGUUGGACAGUCGCGGUUUGUUUUGGUCGAAUUUGCUUCUCAUGUCCCGAGAACUGCUGGUUGUACAACGGGCCAGGAAGUCGUUCCAGACGGGGAAGACCAAGCCUCUGGAGAACCGGAUCCAGCAGCUGAAGAGCCUGCUCCUCUUCAUCACGGAGAGACGGAGCGACAUUACAGAUGCUGUCAAACGGGACCUCGGCAAGAGUGCACUUGGGACCGAGCUGUUUGAGACCCUGGGACUGGAGGGAGAAAUCAAUCUGGCGAUCGAGAAACUGGCAGAGUGGGCGGCUCCUCGGCCAGUAGAGAAGAGCCUCCUCACCAUAUCUGAUGAGGUUUAUAUCCAGCCGGAGCCUCUGGGAGUGGUGCUCAUCAUCGGGACCUGGAACUACCCGUGGGCUCUCACCCUCCAGCCGCUGGUUGGAGCUAUCGCUGCCGGUAACGCAGCAGUAAUAAAGCCAUCCGAGGUCAGCUCCCACUCCGCCAAGGUCAUGGAGGAACUUCUCCCUCAGUAUCUCGACAAAGAUCUGUACCCAGUGGUGACGGGUGGAGUGUUGGAGACCCAGGAGCUGCUGAAGCAACGAUUUGACCAUAUUUUCUACACGGGAAGCAGCGGCGUGGGUAAACUGGUGAUGGCGGCUGCGGCUCCCCACCUCACCCCGGUGACCCUGGAGCUGGGAGGCAAGAGCCCGUGCUACAUCGACAAGAACUGUGACAUUCCUGUCGCAUGUCGACGCAUCACUUGGGGAAAGUUUGUCAACUGUGGCCAGACGUGCAUUGCUCCCGACUUCAUCCUGUGUGAACCCUCCAUCCAGAGCCGAGUGGUGGAAGAGAUCAAGAAGUGCAUCAAGGAGUUUUACACAGACAAUCCAGAAACGUUUGAGGACUACGGACGCAUCAUAAACCAGCAGCACUUCAAGAGGCUCAUGGCUCUGAUGGAGGGGAGCACAGUGGCUGUUGGUGGAACCAGUGAUGAAUCCCAGUGCUAUAUAGCCCCCACUGUGUUGAAGGAUGUGACGGGGGAAUCCAAAGUGAUGAAGGAGGAGAUCUUCGGGCCACUGCUGCCCAUCAUCACCGUGAGCGGUGUCGACGAGGCCAUCCAGUUUAUGAAUGAGAGAGAAAAAGCUCUGGUCAUAUACGUCUUCUCCCAUGACAACAAGCUGAUCAAAAGGGUGAUCGCGGAGACGUCCAGUGGAGCUCUGCUGGCCAACGACUGUCUGGUGCACUACACCGUGAGCGCUCUGCCCUUCGGGGGCGUUGGUAACAGCGGCAUGGGCUGUUACCACGGUCGGCACAGCUUUGACCAGCUCAGCCACCUGCGCAGCUGUCUGAUCAAGCAGCUGAAGAUGGAGGGAGUCAACAGCAUGCGCUACCCCCCGCACACGGCCAAGAAGCUCGGCUGGGCGCGCUUCUUUUUGGUCAAGCGCGUCAACGUGAGCCGGCUGCGGCGCCUGGCGCUGCUCGCCACGUUGGCCGGCGUGGCGGCGUUUGUGGUGCAGGUAAAGGAACUGAAAUGCCCCAGUUCGGUCCCAAGAGCAGUCAAAGGUUUUGCUUUGAUAUCGGCAGUUUUUUAUGUUACACGCCUGUAGAGUCUAGGAAGUUUCCUGUAAAGAACAAUUUGGUAGUAAUUACAGGAGGAUGGAAGAGACAUUUCUCUGAGUGCUGUUCAGUUUUCCAUCGGCCACACACUUUGUCCUUUUCAGGAACCUUCCUAUGAAUACUCUUCUUUCUAGGAAACUAUGGUCUGUAGAAUAAAUCAUCAGCAUGACAUAUUUUUUACGACAAAUAGGCAAAAUGCAAUAAUGCAAGAUUUACAAGAUUAUUUAGGAGUAUGAAAACAACUGAAACAUCGUUCCCACUAAUAUUUAGUGUCAGAUUACCUUUCCUGAAGUCUCAUGUGAUGUUUUUUGAACAAAAAGCCCAUCAAACAAAGACUCUGUCUCACUCUGCGUUAGUAAUCAACCAAAGUGCCAGAGACCAAUGACACCAACAUAAGCUAUGUUUACAAUUUUUCAUCUAAAUAACCAAAAGCUGCUAAUUUUGCUGCUAGGAAGACUAUUAAGAAUAGAAAACUGGACAAAAGGAGAUCCAGAUCCCCUCUUACAGAUCUGGCUCCUGAUUUGGUUGAAAGUGAGUCUUCCCGGCAGCCGGCAGCCAUCAGCUGGAUCUCAGGCCCUCACCACAUCUUGACUUCUUCUUGUGCCCUUGCUGCUGGUCCUCUCCAUCGCUUCAUAUCUGAUUUUCUGGGUGAUUCAUAAUUACAUGUUGUUGCGCAGUGCUUCAUAAACUGUGAGAGCCAAAUGUGGUGGUGGAAAAGCAUGUUAUUCUGUGUGUACGUUGGGUGGAGCUGUACUGGUGUCCUGGGCUCAGGCUCACAGGAAACUAGGCUUUCCCUAUUGGGGAACGGGUUUAAGGUAAUUGGUACGUUUAGGUCGACGUAUUUGGGGGCGUUGUCUUGACCUAGAGUAAUUCUAAUGGUCUAAAAUUAUGUUCAAUUCGAUGGGUUUAAAUCAAAAGAACGUCCAAAACCAACAUCUCUGGAAAUUCAGUCUGUUGGCGAAUGAUGACCAAUACAAACACCAACAUGUACAUGAGUAAUUAAAUGUUCCUGCACUUAUACAUUUCCUUUACAAGUGCGGAGGUACUUGACUGAUUAUUACUGCAUAAUAAAGGAGUUAUUAACCUUGA